AUGCAGUUCCUUAGGUUUGCCGCUGUCGCCGCCGCUCUGUUGGGCCAGGCUGCUGCGCUCCCUCCCGCUCAACCAGAAAGGGACGGCUGUGUUGACUCCGAGGCCCCUUACAUCCGCUCGUACUUCUACGUCGGAGGCGGUUACGUCGACGAUGGCGCCGGCGGUCACAUCUUCCGUGACCAGAUGUACGUCGAGAAGUUGCUCCCCGUGGACGGAGUCUCCCAGGGAACACCGAUCGUCCUAAUCCACGGACAGGGCCAGACGGGAACCAACUUUCUCAACAAGCCUGAUGGUGGCAGAGGGUGGGCUUCUCACUUCGUGAGACAGGGCUACGAGGUCUACAUCGUCGACCAGACCUUCCGUGGGCGCUCCGCCUGGAUGCCCGGCUACGGCGCCUCCAAGCCCUCCACCUACUCCGCCGAGAUUAUCCAGCAGCGCUUCACCGCCGUCAAGGAGUACAACCUCUGGCCCCAGGCUGUCAAUCACACCCAAUGGCCUGGUACAGGCAUGAUGGGCGACGAGGUCUUUGAUACCUUCUACAGCUCCAACGUCCAGUUCAUCAACAACGCCACCUACCAGCAGAAGACCGUCCAGGAUGCCGGCGCCCUUCUCCUCGAUAAAAUCGGCAAGCCCGUCGUUCUCGUCGGCCACAGCCAGGGUGGCAUCAUGCCCAUCAUCAUCGCUGACGCCCGCCCCGAGCUCACCAAGGCCCUGAUCCUCCUUGAACCCACCGGCCCUCCCUUCCAGGAGGCCGUCUUCAGCAAAAAGUCCGCCCGCGCCUACGGACUCACAGAUAUCCCCAUCACCUACUCGCCCGAGGUCACCGACCCCACCACCGACCUCGUGCAGCAGACCUACCCUGCCAAGGGCGAGAACUUCGUUCAGUGCGUCCUUCAAGCUGAGGAGCCUGCCCCGCGCCAGCUUGUCAAUCUCGCCGAUAAGCGUAUCCUUCUUGUUACGUCUGAGGCUUCCUACCACGCGCCUUACGACCACUGCACCGUCGAGUUUCUGCAGCAGGCUGGAUGCACCAAGACCGAGCACCUCGAGCUCGGCGAGGCUGGCAUUCACGGUAACGCCCACAUGUUCUUCAUGGAGAAGAACAGCUACCAGAUCCAGAAGGUCCUGCGAGAUUGGAUCCAGACCCUGUAA